AUGUUCCCGCUGCCGUCCGGGUGCUCUCUGCCGUCGCUGGGCUCGGAGCUCUGGUUCGCGCAGAGCAAGAUCAGCGAGAUCCUGGCCGGCAGCGGCGCCGCCUUCAGCGCCGAGCGCCUCGCGGCCAAGUUCUGCCCCCAGAGCGGCGAGGAGGAUCGUCUGUCCAAGCGCAAGAGCAUCGGCGAGACGGCCUCGCUGCAGGUGGAGGUGGAGUCGCGCAACAGCCCCGAGAGGGAGCAGAGAGCCCCGGCUGAGGAGAUCACCUACGAGACGCUCAAGAAGGCCAUCGCGGACAGCGUGGCGGCGGAGGAGCAGGAGCGGGAGCGGCGGCGGCUGCUGGUGCAGAAGUUCCAGAAGGCUCCGUUCGAGGAGAUCGCCGCCCACUGCGGAGCCAGGUCCCAGGAGUUUUUUGAGAACCCCGCGUUCCGUCCCGACGGGAUGAAGCUCUACCCCACGCUGGUGAUCCGCGGCACCGGGCUCUACGAGCUCUGGAAAACCGGGAGAUACCGGAGUUACCCGCCCAGCACCCUGGUGGAUCUGGUGGCCAGGAUCCUGGCCCUGGUGCCGCCCUGGACCCGCGUCUACCGCGUCCAGAGGGAUAUCCCGAUGCCUCUGGUCAGCUCCGGGGUGGAGCACGGGAACCUGAGGGAGCUCGCCCUGGCCAGGAUGAAGGACCUUGGGACACAGUGCCGCGACGUGAGGACGCGGGAGGUCGGCAUUCAGGAGAUCCACCACAAAGUGAGGCCCUACCAGGUGGAGCUGAUCCGUCGGGAUUACGUGGCCAACGGGGGCUGGGAGACGUUCCUGUCCUACGAGGAUCCCGAGCAGGACAUCCUGGUGGGGCUGCUGCGCCUCCGGAAGAGCUCCCCGGAGUCCUUCCGCCCUGAGCUCAAGGGCGGCGUCUCCAUCGUCCGGGAAUUGCACGUCUACGGCAGCGUGGUGCCCGUCAGCAGCCGGGAUCCCUCCAAAUUCCAGCAUCAGGGAUUUGGAAUGCUGCUGAUGGAGGAGGCGGAGAGGAUCGCCAAGGAGGAGCACGGGGCUCGGAAAAUUGCCGUCAUUUCAGGUGUCGGCACCAGGAAUUACUACAGGAAGAUCGGCUAUGAGCUGGAAGGGCCCUACAUGGUGAAAUGGCUGGAAUGAUGAUCCCGGAGAUCCUCAUCCUGGAAGAGGAGCAGGAAGGACGCGACGCUCAUCCCGGGAAUAACGCUCAUCCCGGGAAUAACGCUCAUCCCGCGAAUAAAGCCCAGGACUUGUUUCUGCCAGAGCCCCCGGCUGCAGAAAGCAGAGUUGGACGUGAUGAUCCUGGUGGUCCCUCCUAAUUCCACGAUUUUAGGAAAUAGGGCAUCAGCUCCUCUGGGAAGAGCGGCCCCGGGAUCAUCCCGUUCCCGCCGGAGAGGCUGGGGACAUUCCAGGUGUCUCACCUGGAUUAAUCCUGCCUCGUCCUCGGGAUGGGCUCCAGCGUUCGCAUUUGAGGGAUGAAUUUCAGGAUUUGGGGUGGCCAGGUGGGGAAACGGCUUUUUUCCUGCUGCUGUCAGCUUUUCCUGGCUCUGCGUUAAAACCAGGCCUGUUGCUCUGGCCGGGAAUAAAUUCCGUGAUUAUUUAUUUA